ACUCGCUGGGACAAGCUGCAACUUACCAAUCUUCUGGCGACUUGUCUGAGAUUGAGAUAUCUGCUCAAAAGCACGUUAACAUACUACCCAUCGCAGUGGCUGCACAAGGAGGGAAGGAUUUUGGGGUAAGGAGCCUUUCCACACUUCCUGUGUGCUGUUGAAACAAGCCCCAACAAGGCUCUGACAAUAAAAAAACAGGGAGAGGUCGCAGAGACAGGUUUUGUUUAGGGCAUUUUACAAUAUUUUUAACCACAUGAAUCCAUAUUGUUAUUGGGCAAACCCCUAACCUAACCUGUUGCAUCUUCAACAUCCCUGUGAGCACCGAAGUGAGAGAAACUUACACAGACAGAAACAUUUCACUGAAAACAAAGUGUUUCUCUCAUGGGAGAUAAACGCCAGCGAGCAAGAGUCCAAGGCUGCUGGGCUAAACCACCGGUCAGACCAACAGCUGCCAAACCCAGCAGCCCCGCAGGUCCCUGUUCUGGAUCUACAUCAUGGAAAGCAGGGCCACGGACAUAUGAAUUUCAGCAGCCAUCCAAGCCCAUUCGAGACAUUCCUGAGGAGAAAGUUAUUGAGAAAGCUGGGGUGUAUGACAUCAGUCACCGCCCCUCAGGAGUGUCCCGGCUGCGGCUGUUCCCGGACUUCCUCCAGCAGGAGGAGGCAGACUGGAUGUUCAGUACCCUCCUUGCUGAACUUCCCUGGUCACAGAAGACCAACUACAGGCAAGGAGAGUCCUACGAAGAGCCUCGACUGACGUGCUGGUACGGAGAGCUGCCGUACACCUACUCCAACUCCACCCUGCAGGCCAAAGCAGAGUGGCAUCCAGUGCUGAGUGGUUUGCGCUCCUCCAUUGAGAGUCACAGUGGCGGCUCCUUCAACUCCCUCCUGUGUAACAUGUACCGUGACGGCAGGGACAGCAUCGCCUGGCACUCGGACAACGAGCCCUCACUGGGCGCUCGGCCCACCAUCGCCUCGCUCAGCCUAGGCGACACGCGCGUCUUCAGCCUCCGAAAGCAGCCUCCUCCGGAGGAGAAUGGUGACUAUACGUAUGUGGAGCGGCUGAGGAUCCCCUUGGCCCACGGCUCCCUGCUGAUGAUGGAGGGUUGCACUCAGGACGACUGGCAGCAUCAAGUGGCCAAAGAAUAUCACGAUCGAGGGCCCCGCAUCAACCUCACCUUCCGCACCAUCUACCCUGAGCCUUAACCAUGCCACGCAGACAGAGAGAGGUAGUCUGUGACAUCACUACAUUUUGAGGGAGACUGGAUGGGGAGAGAAAUGAGAACUGACACGUUCACUUCAUCCGUGCAGGAGCUACCGGCUACAGUCUCAUGAGUGCUACAGCCAUGCGUCACUAGCUGGCAGAAGGGCCGUGACCGUGGACGAGAGCGCUCGUGAACCAGCAGGGACACAGGCCUCUUACCGGCAUGUGCGACAAACUCUUACAUCUGGAGAGCGGCUUAUCAAUAGUGAGUCACUGUUGCAGUGACUAACCCCUUACAAGAGAUGUUUUGUUUAACUCUGUUUAUGUGUGUGUGUUUUUUGGGAGAUUUGACUAAAAGUGUUUUAUUUAUUUUCUGAGUUUUCGAGUCUCGGUUUACAAGUUCUUAUGUGGAUUCAGUCAUUGAAAUGAGGAGUCUUUAAAAUGACUGAAAUGUUGUGGAUGUUUGGAGAGCAUCGUGGUUGUAAAAUGGCAAGGCACAGCUAAGUGCUCCAUUACCUGAGUUCUAUUAUCCCAAAGGGAUAUUUUGUGAUGCUAAAAUUCUGCUGUAAAAAAUAAAGAGCAAUUUGUUCA